AUGGUGUUCCACAACUGUCGCUUGAAGGCCGUCAGUCGGGACAAGGUGCUUUUCAAUUUGAACGCAACCAUAACACAACCGAUUGAUGAUGUAACUACACGUGCCAGAGUUUUGAAGAGGGCAAACGGCUACAAGCCUUGGAUCGUCGACGUGACCUUUGAUGCCUGUCGAUUCAUGGCAAAGAAAUCCAUUCCAGUCGCUUCAAUAGUCUACGGGCUAUUCAAGGAGUUCACCAAUAUCAAUCAUACAUGUCCUUAUGUGGGUCCAGCGAUUAUCAAGGAUUUUUAUUUGAAGCCCGAGCUGCUGCGUCUUCCCCUGCCCACGGGCGACUACAUGCUGUCGCUACAGUGGUUCUUUAAGAAACGGCUAGUAGCUGAUACGAAUGCGAGUUUCAAGUUCGUAGAGGAUCUUCUGAAGAGAAACUGA